AGUGUGCCACUAUCGACUAAUAGCGAUAGUAAAAUUUGCAUCCAAAAUGGGAAAUAAUCCUAAAUUGAACAAGGAGGUGGUGGCCGAGAGAAACCCUUUCCAAGUAAAUGAUCCAUUUUUUUUUCUCCCCAUGAAGUUAUGCAUUGAAGAAGCAACCUAAGCCUUUUAAGGUUUGAGGAAGUUGCAAGUCAGGUUUACCAUUUAAUAUUUUAUUGCAGCCUUGAUAUUUUAAAUGUGGAAUGGAAUGGUAAUCCAGUCAUAGACAGUAGUUUUUAUAUCAUGACAAUUUAAGUGAAAAGUGACACAUUUUACCCCACUCAUUCCUAAUAUUACACUGGGGUGGUAGAAUGGUGUGUAAUGAAAGGUGUUAAGUGAUACUUAGCAGAUGUUGGGAGAUGUUUCCUGAAAAGUUUAGUGUCAUCCCAUGACCACAGUCUGCUGGUUUAUGCAAGGAGAUUGCUGAUUGUAAUCUGUACCAUUGAGGCCCAGCAGUUCAUUUCUGCUCACCUUGAUUUUAGAGUACUGCUUUAAACGGCUAUAAUCCCAGGAUUUUUCUGCCAUUAAGUGAUGGGUUUCAGAAGGGGAGUGCUGAUGUUAGUGGAUGUGCACAUAUAAACUCUAUAACAGAUAGGAUGCUUAAUCCAUUCAUAUUUUCCCUUGGAAUGAUGCAGUACCGACAAAUGGUCAUGUUGGGCAAACUUGUGGAUUUAUUAUUUGUCAGUGCAGGAGAACCUUUACUGAAAACGUAUGGCAGUCACAGCUGAGAGAAACCAGUGAUGUGUUUCAUCAUUAUUGCUGUGUACUUGAUCCUCCUCACCCCUCAUGCCCUAGCCCUGUGGGCCUGCACACGCUCCUGCCCUCCUAGUUGCAUCUGUACUCAGGAGAAGAGCUGCAGUGUCCUCUGUGACCAUAUCAACAUGGUGGACCUGCCCAAAGAAUUCCCCUGUGAGGCAUCCUCCAUCAACCUGGACAAGAACAGCCUCAAGUUUUUGUCUGAGCGGGCAUUUGGCACACUGCCUUCCCUCAAGUCACUCUCACUUGACCACAACAACAUCUCCUUCAUCACACCAGGCGCGUUCAAAGGGCUUCCCAACUUGGUGGAGCUCAAAAUGGCCCACAAUGAUUACAUCCGUUAUCUGCAUACCCGCAUCUUCACAUCACUCAAACGCUUGGUUCGUUUGGACCUUUCUGACUGCAACCUCUUCAACAUGCCAGACCGCAUCUUCCUUGAGCAAAUUUCUCUAAAAGAACUGCUGUGCUUUCAAAACAACUUCCGCCGCAUUCCUGGUGCAAUACGAGGGAUGGAAAACCUCACACACGUCUACUUGGAGCGCAACAAGAUUGAAGCAGUGGCCUACAACUCUUUGCUAGGCCUAACCAACCUCAAAUACCUUAACUUGCAGGAGAAUCACAUAAAUGUGAUCCAUGAUGAAGCCUUCAAAGAUCUAGUGCACCUGGAGAACUUUUACCUGAAUGAUAAUCUGUUGGUUGACUUACCCCAGCAGGCUUUCAAGGGCCUAAGCAAUCUGAAAAUAUUGAACCUGGGUGGAAACCUACUGACCAAUGUCUCCAAAACAUGGUUCAGUGACCUGGUAGAGCUGGAAGUGCUCUACCUGGAUCGAAACCGCCUGUCCUAUAUCGAGGAGGGUUCCUUUGAGAACUUGACAAGCCUCAUGACGCUGCACCUCAACAGCAACAAUCUGUCAUCUUUACCCUUUUCCGUCUUUCAGCCCAUCUAUUUCAUCGGGCGCCUGUAUCUCUUUCGAAACCCCUGGGAGUGUAGCUGUGAUCUGGAGUGGCUGAGAGAGUGGAUGGAGAGUUAUAAGCUGGUGAGAGACAUUCCAUGUGCAUCCCCUUCCUCGGUUGCUGGCUUGGAUCUGAUUAAGGUGGUCUACGCCCAUCUGAACGGCACUUGUCUGGAUCCACCAGAGCUCAACCUGACCACAGCUCUUCCUGACUAUCCAACCACCGAGAACAAGUUCAACAGCCUAAUUUCCAAACUGCUACACCAGGAGUUCAGAGAUGAGAUGAUCAACUCAACGGACAGCCUGAGGAAUGGCACCCAGCAGGAUCCAGCUGAGAGUCAGGUUUCUUCUGGGUAUGGACUGUUCGGUGCUCCUCAUACUACGUUUCUUCUUAUAUUUCUAUUUCAAGCCCAGAUUGGCUUUCUAUCUGACAGCAGUAAUGUCUCUUGAGAGUCAGGUGAAUACCAAAAGGGAUGAAAGGCAUUCUAGAAUGGAAGUAAGCUGUGCUGAAAUGUUCUUGCCUUGAGUGGUGGGUUUUCUCAUCCUGAAAAUGAAAUUCUGGAAUACCUAAUUAAAUUGAUGAUGAUCGUCUCAAUCUCUUUAAAUGAAUGGAAACUCUUCCAUGAAUUCAAUAAAAAAAAAAAAAAAAAAAAAGAGCAUGUUGUAAGCCAAUGAGACCAAAAGACUUCCUUGUGUUGCCAACAUGGGAUGAUCCAUUUCUGUUAAAGGAUCGUUGAGGGGCAUUUUAAGCACUUUGUGUGAACUGUAACAUUUUAUACCAUACCUACUGUACAUUUUGUCAAGCACUCUUGGCAUUACACAUUUAUAAUAUGAACAAGUUUAUACAUUUUCUAUUUCAUAUUGCAUAACUUUGUAACUUUUGUGUCUGAGAUUUGACUGAUAAAGCUUCUCGCUGUCAUUUCAGCAGAUGGCAUAAUACGCUGUCCUUUUUUGUGGUUAAUUGCACUGGGUAAGUUUCCAGUUCUAGAAAAUGCAUUAGCCCUCCUCUUCCGUAAAGCUUAAGUGCACUCGGUAAUGCUAGCUGCUUCAUAUCAUAACAAAAACUGAAUUGACUUUAUCAUUGCGUUUUGCUUGUACCUUCUCUAUCCAGGGCAAAACAAUAGACCAUUUAUUGAAGGAUGAUGCCACACUCAGAGCCCAGAUCUAUUGACUCAACAUUACAGAAUGUAAUACACAUUUAUGAGAUUUGUGUGUGAAAAACCUUAGUAUUUGUGCUUUAAAAAUGAUUUUUUGUUAACUUGUGGUGUAAUACUUUGAAUAAAGAUCAUUGCAUAAAGUAUUAAGUAAACUGACUGAAAAUCAAUGAAAAAAGAUUUGGUAUGGUGCUGCAAUUGGUGAUUCAUGGUCAUCCUUAACUGCAUUUUUAAUGUAAAGGUGCAUUUUGUUAUUCUGACUUUUAAUGCUAGAAUUAAUAUGUUGUUAAGCCUGACAUAUCAGGAAGAACUCACAUAGGAAAAGUAAUUUAAAGGGAUAGUUCACCCAAAAAUGAAAAUUCUCUCAUCAUUUACUCACCCUCAUGCCAUCCAAGAUUUGUAUAACUUUCUUUCUUCAGCAGAACACAAAGAUUUUUAGAAGAAU